AUUCAAUUGCUUAUCUCUAGCCAAACCAUAGUUCCCGGCACGGGCUGACUACCCUCCAUGACUGAUCAGAGUCUUGGAUAUAAUAUGCUGUAGCUUGCCCCGCUCAGGUUUGUUCGUUCCUUCACUAAUCUUCUCUCAUCCUGCUCGUCUCUCAAGCUUCAAUUCUAUCGUGCAUUAUCUCGAGUAUCAUCUUUCAACAUGGGCAAAUCGGAGAUCAGAUAUGCUGCCAAGGUAGAUUUGGAAAAGGAUGCUGCUUCUCAGCCUCAGCUCCACAACCGCUGGCAUCCCGAUAUCCCUUCCGCCGGCAAAAUCGCCGACGGCGAAGUAGUCAAGAUCGAAUGCGUCGACUGGACAGGCGGUCAGAUUAAGAAUACUGAUGAUGCCGACGACAUCAAGAACGUUGAUUUGACCAAGAUCCAUUACCUCUCCGGUCCCUUUGAGAUUGAGAACGCAGAGCCUGGUGAUGUCCUUGUGGUGGAAAUUCAAGAUGUACAGCCAUUGCAAGAGCAACCUUGGGGAUUCACUGGAAUCUUCGCCAAAGAGAACGGUGGUGGUUUCUUAGAUGAGCUGUAUCCUGAUGCUGCAAAAGCCAUCUGGGAUUUCGAAGGCAUAUUCUGCUCUUCCAGACAUAUCCCACACGUCCGCUUCCCCGGCCUCAUCCACCCUGGUAUCCUCGGCUGCGCUCCCUCCACCGAAAUCCUCACUGAAUGGAACCGCCGCGAGAACCAACUCAUCUCCGAAUGCGCACACAUGAACCGCGAUGUAGCCCAACCCCCCAACCCCACCAACGUGCACGCCGGCUCCGCAGACGAACAGCUGAAGAAGAAGGUCGGCGAGGAAGGCGCAAGAACCAUCCCAGGCCGCCCCGAACACGGCGGAAACUGCGACAUCAAAAACCUCUCCCGCGGCUCGAAAGUCUACCUCCCCGUCCACGUCCCCGGCGCCAAAUUCAGCGUGGGCGACCUCCACUUCUCCCAAGGCGAUGGCGAAAUCUCCUUUUGCGGCGCCAUAGAAAUGGCAGGUGUGAUUACCAUAAAGUUCAAAGUCAUGAAGAAUGGUGUCGAACAGUUGGCUAUGAAAUCGCCUAUUUACAUUCCUGGACCUGUGGAGCCGAAUUUUGGACCUGGAAGACAUAUUUAUUUCGAGGGUUUCUCGGUUGACUCGGAGGGCAAGCAACACUUCCUUGAUACCACGGUUGCGUAUCGUCAGACGACUUUGAGGUGUAUUGAGUAUUUGAGGAGGUAUGGGUAUAGUGAUUAUCAGAUUUACCUUUUGCUCAGUUGUGCGCCUGUUCAGGGGCAUAUUGCUGGAAUUGUUGAUAUUCCCAACGCUUGCACGACUCUGGGAUUGCCCAUCGAUAUCUUCGACUUUGAUAUCAGACCUGAGGCUCCGGUUCAGAAGCUCGAUAUGGGAACUUGUGCCUUUGUCACCAAGAAGUAGAGUGUUGGAGAUGAUGCUUGUUGGAAGAUGCUAUUGGUUGGAUGAUGCUACUGGUUGGAUCAUGCCUGUUGUAUCGCUUCGAUUGACAGAUGGAAGUAAUUUGGGUAUUGAACCGCAGCUGCUCAAGAUCGUGGUUUCUCUUGCAAUGAUUCAACAUAAUGACAACAAUGACUUUUCCUAAUGAGCACGUGC